UCCGCCGUGCGUACGAUUGUUGUAUUCAAUGUGUGUCAAUAAUGCACCGGCUGAUAACGGUUUUACUGAUAUGUUCCUGGACCGGGUGUCCGAUCGUUGAGCAUGUGUUUCGGCGUGAUUUCUGUCAGUAGACAGAAACUUGGAUAGGUUUUUUUUGUUGUUGUUGUUGCGCCAUGAGGUCAUAAAACAGCCGAUGUAUAUAGGCAGUAUCUUAUUAAAUAAGGUGCCCAACAUGCGAGAUAAGGCGUGAGAAGGUUUGCUUAAUGGUGAAAGCCAGCUGAAAAAUAGGCGAGGCGAAGUGAAGUUGAUAUAAAAGAAGCACCUUGGGGACAUUGGCUGUCAAACAAACGGUCCCCAAAAUGCGAUCACAGUGUAGCAUACUUCUUGCACUACUGUGUGCGGUCGUUGGGUCGGGCGAGCUCGUUCGCUACGACAACUACCAUCUGUUUCGGGUGUCGAUUAGUGACAGAGGCCAGCUCGAUGUACUGCGGCAGCUAGAGCAACAGAACGAUGGGUUUAUUUUCCUAGACCCACCUACCCAAGUGCGUAUGAAUGUCAGUGUGCUAGUUCCACCGCGCAAGCUAGCCCAUUACUUCCAACUCUUGAAGAGCACGCACCUCAGCUCACAGCUGGCCACCAACAACUUCCAAGCGAUUCUUGAUGCAGAAAAUCCACCGAAAAAAUCCGCCCGCAGUGAGACGACAUUCGGCUGGGAAGAGUACGAAACACUUGAGGCCAUCUACGAAUGGAUCGACGCGUUAGCGCUUCAGUAUCCCGACAUUCUUACCGUCCAAAGUAUUGGACAAACGUACGAAGGACGGGACAUGAAGUUGGUGAAGCUGUCCCAGCAGGCCGGCAAUCCGGGAAUCUUCCUUGAGGCUAACAUUCAUGCACGUGAAUGGAUCACCUCGGCAACGGCCACCUGGCUACUGAAUGAGCUACUCACAUCCUCCGAUCCGGCAGUACAAGAGCUGGCCACUGGCUACGAUUGGUACAUCCUGCCUGUAGCUAAUCCGGACGGGUUCCAUUACACCAAGACUACCAAUCGACUGUGGCGCAAGAAUCGCUAUCCUCACAAUAUCCUGUGCGCUGGGGUUGACCUGAACCGUAACUUCCCGUACCACUGGAUGGAGGGUGGAGCAUCGCAGGUACCUUGCAACGAUAUCUACGCCGGACCGGAACCCGCAUCCGAAAUCGAGACACGUAACAUGAUCGCGUACUAUGAAACGAUCGCCGACCGGAUUGAGUUCCAUCUUCAGUUCCACUCGUACGGACAGUACAUACUGCUGCCGUACGGUUAUCAGGAUGCCGACUAUCCGGAUAACUAUCUCGAUCAGAUGGAAAUAGCGGAGGCAGCUGCAAUCGGAUUUUCUACCCGCUACAACACACCGUACACCUUUGGAACGAUUGCUGAUGUGUUGUAUGUUGAUUCCGGAUCUACAACCGAUUGGGCGCACGGUUAUCAUCGUACCCCGCUCUCGAUGUGCUUCGAGUUUCGCGAUAACGGCCCGUACGGGUUUGUACUGCCCGCGGACCAGAUAAUUCCCAACUCCGAAGAGACCCUCGAUGCGCUGAUAGCGAUGCUUGCCAAAGCCAAAACAAUGGGCUACUUCCAGCGUUCCUGACAACGUACCGAUCAGCGGGACAAGCUGUCCAAUCAAUCAAAACAUCUCCAAGCUAUCGGACGCUUGGCGCUUUAUGGCCCGGGUCCGGGGGAAUAAAUAGCUCCGCUCGUCAGCGAGAUAAACACGGCUUCAAAUAUCUGUAUGUCCCCGUUCGAUAAGAUGCAAUAAAAAUGCAAAGCUUCUUGACGAUUGCUUAAACCACA